CGCAUCUCGAAGUGAUCGUACGAUUCAGUUUCCUUGGGAUCCGCGAAGGAACAUGCCGCAAAACUCGUGACAGUGAACGACAAGAACGAUCGAGCAACGUAGAGGGGAGAAACGAGUCACUACAGGCGAGAUUGCAACGAGGAAGUCGAAUUUAUCGAAAAAGUUUACCAAGCAUUAUUAAUGGAGAACUACACGUCAGACUCGAGCGACUCAGACUCCAACGCUAAGACACUGGAUCUGUCUUAUCUGAUGCUUGACACGCAUCUGCUGAACAAUCAUUUUGCAAAUGCAAAGUGUCCAGAACACGUGGAUACGUUGCUGCUUCAUCAAAAUCGUUUGACCAACAUUCCGUCAACUAUAAUCAGGUUCACGAACCUAAAUUCACUGGAUAUAUCUAACUGUGGCUUAACCGAACUGCCAGACUUCCUUGGAGACUGUCCACUCUCCUGUUUAGUAGCGAAACAUAAUAAUUUAUCGAACGAUUCCUUGCCAAAGAGUUUCGAGAAUUUAUCCGGACUCAGAGAAUUGAAUCUCAGUGGAAACAGGCUGACAGACUUUCCAGAACAAGUCCUCGAACUGACGGAUCUCAAGUACCUUUAUUUGGGCGGCAAUCACAUCAGCGAGAUCAGCAAGGAUGUCUGGAAAAUGCAACGAUUGCUGGUGUUAUCAAUGGGGAGCAACAGACUGACGGAAGUACCAUUCACACUAGGCGAAUUAAAGUCUCUUCAGGCAUUGGUACUCUGUGACAACAUGCUGGAAAGUUUGCCAAGCUCCAUAGCGAAGUUGACGAACCUGAAGUCGCUACUGCUUCACAAGAACAGGCUGAGGACACUGCCCACAGAGAUCAUCACACUGAAGUGUCUGACAGAGUUGUCCCUAAGAGAUAAUCCAUUGGUAGUGAGAUUCGUCUCAGAUAUGACGCACAAUCCUCCAUCCCUGAUGGAACUAGCCGCAAGAGUGAUCAAGACUAAUGUUAUCCAGUAUGACGAAGAAAUCAUACCUAGAAACCUGGUAGAAUAUCUGAACUGUGGUCAUAGUUGCGUCAAUCCAAAGUGCAAAGGUGUCUUCUUCAACAACAGAGUGGAACACGUGAAAUUCGUCGAUUUUUGUGGCAAGUAUCGUCUACCGUUGUUGCAGUACCUUUGUAGCAGAAAAUGUAUAGAGUCACGAGAUGGAGACGAGGUGGUCAGUGGCGCCAUGAUAAGAAAAGUCCUGCUUGGCUGAUUACCGUUACUUCGUUAUUACAAUACUUUCUAUCCUGAAACUUCGAUCUCGCGUUUGGUAGGUUUCGUUUUUCCGCCAAUGGAAACGAAAGGGAUCGUACGAUCGCGUUAUCUGUAGUUAACUGAACUACCCGUGCGCCAUCGACGGAUUCUUUUUCCGUUAUAAUGUUUCCAACAUGGCCGCUCACUUAGUCAGCACAAAUACUAUAUAGCAUCAGAUUCAUGAUUCGAAGGCUAGGCAUGUGUGAAGACACGUGGCAGAUUUACGACAUAUUAAUACGAAUCAAGGGCA